AUGUUUUUUCCGGCUAAAUUUGAAGCACCGCAACCCCCGGCACUGCAACUGGUUGUCAAUCGAAGAAGAUCUGGAUUUUUAGGCGAUAGAGAGAUGGCAAUAGUUGGUUGUGGCGGUGGCGAUAGAGAGAUGACGAUAAUUAACCUGGAAGGAGCACUAAAAGGUAUGUAUAAGAACAUCCAACUCCCAGAAGUUUGGAAGCCAUCGCUUUACAUGUACAUGUCCAUGGCUCUAAGUAUUAGUACCCAUGAAGCCGAGUUUUAUUGGUACACCGACCCUAAUGCGGGCCCCGCAUUUUCUCAGGAACUCAUUGGUAUGGUAUACGCAAUUGGAGCAUUAGCUUCAAUUGGUGGAACUCUUAUCUACCAGAAGGUUCUUAAAGACUACCCAUUUAGAAAAUUGCUCUUUUUCGCUCAACUCGUGUAUGGCCUCUCUGGGUUUAUUGACCUCAUGUUUGUCUUACGGUGGAAUCUUAUUUUGGGGUUGCCAGAUUACCUAUUUUUGGUGAUAGAGGAAUGCGUUUCUAGUGUUGUAUCCAGAGUUAGGUGGAUGCCUAUGAUUUUACUGAGCGCGAGUUUGUGCCCAAUAGGCAUCGAAGGCACGUUUUUUCCCCUGUUAAUGAGCAUCGAUAGCUUCGGUUCACUUUCUUCAACGUCCGGCGGUGGGGUGAUUUCGCACAUAUUUCAUGUCACAAGAACCGAUUUUGUAAACUUGUGGCGCGUGGUUCUUAUUAGGAAUCUAUGGAGAAUUGCUACAUUGGGUUUCAUUUUCCUUGUUCCGAAUACAACUCGUUUUGACAUGCAACAUCCACGCGAUAUCUUACAGUCAGGAAGCGAAAAUAUAGAUCUUGAAACAAACCGCGAUAGUUUGCAACUAUUGCCUUUAAAGGCAAGAGAAAAUGUUUGA